UGGGUGAGAGGCUGGACAUGAGCCCCAAGGUGCCCUGGGCUGAGCCCCAGCGCGGGCAGCGGCUCCGGGGGGAUUCUGCCCCUGGGCCCCGCUCAGGGAGGCGGGGCUGACACAGCGCUUGGAAACCGGCGGCGGCGGAACGGGAGCGGCGGGAGCGGCACGGCACGGAACGGGAGGGACCGCCUUCAGCACUGCCUUCAGCACCGCCUUCAGCGCAGCGCCUCUCAGCUCCACGCAGCGCUUCUCAGCGCCUGUCCUUUCCUUUCCUCUCCCCUCUGCUCCUCUCGGCUCCAAGCUGAGCAUCGCCUCUCCUGUCCUGUCCUGUCCUGUCCUGUCCUGUCCUGUCCUCUCCUCUCCUCUCCUCUCCUCUCCUCUCCCAACCACGGGUGCGGAGGCCCCACCAGGAAACUCCGCUCCACUACGCCCACCCUCAGCAAGCACCAAGGUGAGCAGGAUCAGAGAUGAGCCAGCACCCCCCGCCACCCAAGGGAGGGCAGGAACGGAGAUGACCUGAUCCCCUAAAAUCCCACAGAAGACAUCGGUUUGGGUCGAAGAGCAACAAGGGUGCGGAGGCCCCACCAAGAAACUCCGCUCCACAACGUCCACACUCACCAAGCAGCAAGCACGAUCAGAGAUGAGGCAGCGCCUCCCGCCGCCCGAGUGAGGGCAGGAUGGCAGAGAUGAGCUGCUCCCCCUCAUUCCCACUGAAGACUUCGAUCCGGGUCGAAGAGCAACAACAAGGGCGCGGAGGCCCCACCAGGAAACUCCGCUCCACAACGUACAUCCUCAUGCCAAGCACCAAGGUGAUCAGGAUCAGAGAUGAGGCGCCUCCGGCGCAGAACGAUACAGGAGGGACCGCCUUCAGCACCGCCUUCAGCACCGCCUUCAGCGCAGCGCCUCUCAGCUCCACACAGCACUUCUCAGCACCUGUCCUUUCCUUUCCUCUUCCCUCUGCUCCUCUCGUCUCCAAGCUGAGCAUCGCCUGUCCUGUCCUGUCCUGUCCUGUCCUGUCCUGUCCUGUCCUGUCCUGUCCUCUCCUCUCCUCUCCUCUCCUCUCCUCUCCCAACCACGGGUGCGGAGGCCCCACCAGGAAACUCCGCUCCACUACGCCCACCCUCAGCAAGCACCAAGAAGACAUCGGUUUGGGUCGAAGAGCAACAAGGGUGCGGAGGCCCCACCAGGAAACUCCGCUCCACCAAGAUCUCCUCCAGCCCAGCAGCCAGAAGACAUCGAUCCAAGUGGAAGAGGAACAACCACGGGUGCGGAGGCCCCACCAGGAAACUCCGCUCCACCAGGCCCAGCCUCUGCAAGCACCAAGAAAAGCUGGAUCCGAGCCCAAGAGCACUAACGAGGGGUGCAGAGGCCCCAGCAGGAACUCGGCUCCACAACGACCUCGUCCAGCCCCUCCCCGAGGGGAGCAGGAACAGAAACGCCCCAGCCCCACGCACGGCGGAGGAGCAGGAGGACAGCCAUGAGCUGAGCCCCACAGCGGCGCGUGGAGAUGAACCUGGCCCCCCUCAGUCAGCCCAGGAGCACGGAGAGCAGCCGGUGCCUCUGUCCCUCUCACGCCAGGGCAUUGGCAGGUUAAGGGCAGAGGACGGAGAGGAAGAGUGAUCAGAGGGACACUGACCCUCCCUGGGCCUCCUCAGCGUGAAACGUGGCAUUGGGUUUAGGGCUGCGCCUUGUGGAAGGGUCUGGAAUUGGGGCUGCAUUUGAGGUCAGGGUUAACCCUCUGCCAGCCCCAUUGCUGGGGGGCCCAGGCCCAUGGGGAGGGUUCUGUGUGUGGGGAAGAGGGAUCCUCUGGAAUUUUGGGUCUCUCCCAGUGCUGUGGGGCGCUGAGCUCUGGCAGUUUGAUACCCAGCCAUUGGUUACUUCCUUUUCCUACCUGUUGCCUUCCAGUGCUUGUUAAUAAAGGUUUACUCUAUCACUUUCA